UCUUUCUAUCAUCAGAUUUUCGGAUCUAAUUCUAUUCCUUUGUGCCUCCGAAAGUCCAGAUCCGCGAACCCGGAAGGGGCCACGUUCGACGACAAGUCGUCACGUGUCGGAAUCGCGUUUGGCCUUUGCGUAUGUCGUUUGUCUGGUUUUGCCGUCUAUAAGUAUGCGAGCGAGUCUGGGUGUUAAGGUGUCGUUUGGUGUAAUCGGUGUGAGUGCGAUAUUUGCAGUGCUGAAAAUGUCGAACUUGUUGGACAAAGCUAAAACCUACGUUGCGGACAAAGUGGCGGAAAAAGUGGCGAACAUGCCGAAGCCAGAGGCGACGGUGGCCGACGUCGAUUUCCAAAAGGUGAGCUGCGACAGCGUCCAGUACUUGGCUAAGGUUUCUGUCUCUAAUCCUUAUGCCACUCCCCUCCCUAUUUGUGAGAUCAAGUACUCCCUCAAAAGUGCAGACAGGGAGAUAGCAUCAGGGAUAAUACCUGACCCAGGGUCGUUGAAGGCGAAGGACUCGACAAUGUUGGAUGUGCCGGUGAAGGUGCCUCACACGGUGUUACUGAGCUUGGCAAGGGACAUUGGUGCAGAUUGGGACAUCGAUUAUCAAUUGGAUAUUUGGCUCAUCAUUGACCUUCCUGUCGUUGGCGACAUCACCAUUCCCCUUUCUCAGAAGGGAGAGAUCAAGCUCCCAACCAUCAGAGACAUGUUUGCCAGCAGCUGAUCGCUAUUCCAACACACAUCAAUUUCUAUUUACUUUUCUGUUUCAAUACUUCACUCUGCAUUUUCUUCUUUUCCUGAAAUGAAUGUUAUAAACAACAUGUCACAGUAUUUCAAAUGACAGUGAUAUCAAUAAUUAUACUCCAACUAGCUUAGUAUUUUACCUAGUUAGUUCUUAUUUUAUUAAUAACUUUUGAUUUUUCCUUUA